GUAAUGUGUGACAUGACAUGUUUCCUUUGCAUACUGUAGUUGUAGUGUUACGUGGCUCCUCAUGUGAACUGUGAAGUUUAAAGUUUCGGUUCAGUUCCAAGCUAUUUAUAGCAUUUGCAUUGCAGUGACAAUCUUUAUCUAACAACAAAAGAUAAAAGAUAGAACAAGAAAGAAUUAUAAUGAGUGUUGCAGCUUCAAAAUCUGUAACAGAAUCAGCAACACCUGAAGCUAAAGUUUCAGGCAUUUUCAUAUAUCCUGUUAAGUCAUGCCGUGGAAUUUCUCUUUCUCAAGCUCCACUCACUCCUUCUGGAUUUAGGUGGGAUAGACAAUGGAUGGUUGUGAAUUCAAAAGGGAGAGCAUGUACUCAAAGAGUUGAACCAAAGCUUGCUUUGGUUGAGGUUGAAUUCCCACCUGAGGCUUUUGAUGAACACUGGGAACCUACCACUGAUUCCUUUAUGGUGCUGAAAGCACCAGGGAUGGAACCUCUCAAAGUUUGUUUGAACAAACAGUAUGAAGUAGCAGAUGAUAUUACAGUGUGGGAAUGGACUGGCUCUGCUUGGGACGAAGGAGCCGAAGCAUCACAGUGGUUCUCGGAUUAUUUAGGAAAUCCUACUAAACUGGUCCGCUUCAAUACUGCUUCAGAAGUUAGAAAAGUAGACCCUGAUUAUGUCGAGGGACAGUACCAAACCUUUUUCAGCGAUGGUUAUCCGUUCUUAAUCGCAUCUCAGGAAUCAUUGGAUGCACUAAACGAGCUUCUAGAGGAACCGAUACUUAUGAAUCGUUUCAGACCCAAUAUCCUUGUUGAAGGUUGUGAACCGUACUCUGAAGAUCUAUGGAGAGAUUUCAAGAUAAGCAGCUUCUCAUUUCAGGGUGCCAAGCUGUGUUACCGUUGUAAGAUUCCAACAAUCAAUCAAGAGACAGCAAAAGUUGGACCUGAACCAAAUGAAACUCUCAUGAAAUAUAGGUCUGGCCAAAUCAUAAGACCAAAUGAUAAAAACAAAAAGAGGGUCUACUUUGGUCAUGAUAUAGUGUGGAACUGGAUGGAAUCUUCUGCUAAGGAGGAUGGAAAAGUCCUUAAAUUGGGAGAUCCUGUUUAUGUUAUAAAAAAAUUCUCUUCUCCAGCAGAAGCAGCUGCUUAAAAGGCUAUAAUGACUUAAACUUUUAUCAAAAAUUAGUACCAGUGGCUAUAUUGAAAUUAAGUGAUUAUUACAUGGUUGCUGAACUUUGCUUUGAGCUGUUGCAACUUGUAGAUUGUAAUGCAUCUAUUAUGCCUUGUAUCCAAAUAAUCACAUGAAAAUAAGGAUUGUGCAAAAACUAAAAAAUA